ACGGAAUCGCGGCUCCCAUCCUCUGCUUUCCCCAAAGGCCAGCCAGCUCCACCACGGCGCCACCGCUGCUAUAAACCGCGGCCUCCCUCUGGGCGCGCUCGGCCCCCCCGGGACCGGGAGAGAUCCUGAGGCGGCGAUGCCGGGGCGGCGGGCGAUCGAGGUCCGGCUGCAGCCCGGCGAUGCCGCCGCGGCGCCCAGGUGGCGCAUGUCGCUGCUGGAGAACACGUUCGCGGGGUUCCUGCAGGGCGCCGGCGCCGACGCCGCGGCGAGGGCCGUCUUCGCGGAGGGCUCCCUGUUCAGCCCCUUCCUGUUCGGCAAGUUCUUCGACCCCGCCGACGCCUUCCCGCUGUGGGACUUCGAGCCCGAGGUGCUGCUCGCCGCGCUCCGGCGCGCCGCCGCCAGGACCACCGUCGACUGGGCCGAGACCGACGCCGAGUACUACCUCAGGGCUGACAUACCAGGUGGCAGGAAAUGCGACGUGGAGGUGAGCGGGGACGCGAUGAAGGUGAUCGACAUCAGCGGGCUGUGGCGGGCGCCGCCGGCGGACGGCCGGGACUGGCGCGCCGGCCGGUGGUGGGAGCACGGCUUCGUCCGGCGCGUGGAGCUGCCGGAGGACGCGGAGUGGAGGAAAGUGGAGGCCUACUUCGACGACGGCGAGGGGGCCCUGGAGAUAAAGGUUCCCAAGGCCGGGGAUGCCCACCAGGCCACCGCCUGAGGCGGAGCGAGAAUCCGAACCUCGCCGCCGCCCCCCCCCCCCCCCCCCCCCCCCCCAUUGGAGUAGAGCAUUAUUCUUCGAGCAGUAGGCAGAAAUGGAAAAUUACGGCAUGAUCCUGAUAAAAAAAGUUUGCGAGAUAUGGAGGAACAAAAAGGAGCUAACUAAGAUCAUCAUCGCAUGUUUCAUAUGCGUUAACGUUGAUCUAGGGUUGAAAACAAAAACGAAAAUUUUCGAUUACCGGGAACCGUUUUCGAGGUUUUACCGAGAUUCUGGUGUAAAUGAAAACGGCUACCGAAAAUACAGAAAUAAAAAUGGUAUUUUUAUCCGAAACUGAAAGCGAAAAUGAUUUCAGCCUCUAAAGACCGUUUUCGAAAAUUACCGUAUUUAUGCGGUAAUUUA